CAUAUUUACUAUGUUGUAUAAAAAUCAGAUCUCAAAAAUUUUAGUUUGUGUAAAUGCCCAAUCAGGCCCAACAGAAGAUAGGCUUUUGUUUGUCUCAAUAGGUACAAUUAUUUCUGCAUUACGUAUUACUCCUCUGUCAAUGCUUAGUGAAAUAGUCGUCUUCUUCCUCUGUUCCUCAAAUUUGUAGCUUCACUCUUCUGCAAAAAAAUUGUCACAAUACCAUCUUUUAUUCUCAUCAAUCAGCAAGAUUCGCCAUUGUUUUUGUUUUUUUCUAAGGCUUAAAGCAUUCUUCUUUCAAAGUUCCAGUUUAAGGGAUUUGUCCUGCCUUGUCAAUACUUUGGGUCCGAGACGGUCAGAAUGGGUCUUGAAGGUUCAAGAAACUAGAUUUCGGGCUUAUAAGGCUAAAAAGAUUUGAAUGGCUAGACCUCCAUUUUUUGUCAGAAGCUUGUGCACUCGCCAAAACUUUAAUUCCCCAAUCCGUAACCUAAGUAUUGCUGGAACUAAUGGUAGGGUUGAAGGUGAAGUUGCUGCACAAAACGCAGAUCGAUCAAGUUCAGUAAAUCAUCAAAGUGAGCAACUGAGCUUUGCUGAGAUAGCUAAAGAUGUUUGCAAAGUCAUCCGGACACGACCCAGAUGGGAACAAAUAUUGUUAUCUGAUUUUCCCACUGUUAAUUUUACUGAUCCAAGAUUCUAUACUGAGGUUCUGAAGGCACAAAAAAAUAUUAUGUUGUCGCUUCGGUUUCAUUUUUGGCUUAGUUCUCAAAAUGGUUUUUCGAGGGAUCAGUUCUCUGAUGAAGUCAUAUUUAGUGGGCUUGUACAAGCCAAGGCCGCCAGUGCAGCCAAAUGUUUUCGGCAAAAUAUGAUUUUUGUGCCUCAACCUAAUUGUUUGGAGGCCUACAUUCAGUGUCUUUGUGAAAAUGGAUUGAUUGAGGAUGCCCUUGACGUGUUUACUGAGUUGAGAAGUGUUGGCCACUGCCCAUCAUUGAGAAUUUGGAAUUCAGCCCUUUCAGAUUCUAUCCGAGCUGGAAGAACUGACACUGUCUGGAAAUUGUAUGAGGAUAUGACAGAGUCUGGUGUUGUAGCAGAUGUAGGUACAAUUGGGCACUUGAUUCAAGCAUUUUGUAUGGAGAACAAUUUUCCAGAUGGUCAUCAACUUCUUCGACAGGCUUUGGAAGCUGGGCAUGCCCCUAGUAGUGUUGCUUUUAAUAAAUUGAUUUAUGAAUCAUGUAAGAACAGAGAUUACUCUAGACUGUCAUCUCUUCUCCAUUCAAUGAUUGCAACUAAUUGUUCUGUUGAUAUAUUCACUUAUCAGCAUGUUAUUCUGGGACUCUGUGAAACAAGAAAGAUGCGUGAAGCUUUUAGGAUAUUUAAUGAUCUAAAGAAUAGAGGCUAUGCUCCGGAUAUGGUUAUGUAUACAACAAUGAUUAAUGGUCUCUGUAAAAUGAAAUCGGUUGGAGAUGCCCGGAAAUUAUGGUUUGAGAUGAUUCAAAAGGGAUUCAAUCCCAAUGAAUACACAUACAACACACUCAUCCAUGGUUAUUUAACAACUAACCGUCUAAAAGAAGCUGUAAGUCUUUAUAAGGAAAUGUGUGAUAAAGGAUAUGGAGAGAACACAGUGACAUAUAAUACCAUGAUUCAUGGGCUGUGUCUUUAUGGAAGAGUAGGAGAAGCUCACAACUUGUUCAAUAAAAUGGCUGAGAAUGGUGUUGCCCAUGAUGUGGUCACAUACACUUCUCUUAUUCAGGGUUUCUGCAAGAAUGGGAAGAUAAAUAAAGGUCUUCAGUUUUUAUAUGAACUGUUAAAGCAGGGGUUGCAACCAUCACCUGCUUCUUAUACAGUGUUAAUUGAGAAACUUUGUGAGAUCGGCCAUGUUUCGGAAGCUAAAUCAUUGUGGAAUGAUAUGCUAGAUAGAGGUGUCAAACCAGCAACAUCGACUUAUGAUUCUAUCAUACUUGGAUUAAUCAAGCAGGGAUAUGUAACAGAGGGGCUAGAUUGGUUGAGCAGUAUGAUGAAGAGUAGGCUCAGACCAAGGAGAAAAACUUUUGAGAAACUGAUUUAUCAUCUUUCUCAAGCAGAUAAGUUGGAUGAAUCUUUAUCCAUUUUAGAUAACAUGCUUAGGCUAGGUCAUGUCGUCAGAGAAAAAAUUUUCCGUUCUCUAGUAAAUAAACUUUGCAAAGAUAAUUCCCACCAUAUUGAGAUGGAAAUGGGAUAUAUAGUCUGAGCUAUUCAAGAUGGUUGAUGUCUUAUAAAGAUUGCAACACCUUUAGCUUGUCUAAGGCCAAACCGGAAGAGAAGAUUUAUUUGCUUUAUACACCUUGAUCGUGCAACUUCACAUUUUUGUUAUAACUUAAUGUUGUAUUUUUUAGUCUUAUUGAUAUGUGAUAGGGAUCAAAUUUGUAGCAUGUGCUACUACACAUCCCUCACUGUAUUUCUGUUACCGCUUACAGUAAAUUUGAUGAUGGAUGCACUGACAUUCUUGAAGUGCAGUCAUUCCUUAGAGAGAAUCUGUGGUUUCUGCUAGGAGAUAGAGACACCAAUCACUUCUUCUGAAUAACUUUUGUCAAAUUGAGUGUUUUGGUGUGUGUUUCCAGUGUGGUCAGAAUUUUGAAUUCUACUUUCUUGCAAUAUUCAACUUUCAUGGUCAGUGGUACUUCAUUAGAGGAAAUAUCUAUUUUAGAUCAAAAUGUAUGGCUGAUUUUGUCACUUUUUUUGGUUUGUAUCCUAGUUUAGAACUAAACUUUCUUUCCUUCAAAGAAAGAGACAGAAAAGCUGAUUAGGACAAUUCUGGAGUGAUCUAAAAUUUUUGUUAUUACUUUUUGCAGUAGGCUUCUAAAAUACAAUUUUAACACCCAAGUUAGGAAAAUUAUGUCAAAUCAAUUUAUUGAUAACCUAAAAGGGAAGUACAUUACUUUAUUUUGUUCAGUCGAAAACAUUGGUGGCCCAAUGCUUUUGAAGCUAAAAUCUCCCAUUGCUGCAUUGAACAUGUACAUCAUGAUUGUGCCUACUGCAACAGACAGAGAAGUUUGUGCUUUCUACAUUUUACGCCAAAAUCUUAAAAGGGAAGUUCAUCUAUUUUUAACCUUAAGAUGUUACCAGAUUUUCUUUCAAAACUCUCUGGUUCCUUUCUUUACACAAUCCAGCAUAUGCAGGACGGAUUUGUGUCCCGAUGUUCUUUCUCUCAUUGUUUAGGACAUUUUAUUAAUACCAGCACUGCAUUAAUUCUUUUGCUGUUCUUGGCACUACCCCUCUUAUCAUUGAAUAUAGUCAGGAGUAACUGCCUAGAUGAAGCUAUUACGGGCAAUGUAUGAAAAGAUGAUUUGUAAUUUCUGCAUUCAGACAAAUGACAUCUGUUACAUAUAGUCAUUCCUCUUCUCUGUAGAUUAUCCUGGGUAAGGGGCAGCUUCAGGGUCCAACAUCAAGUGAAAAAGUGCCACUACCUGGUGCUUUGUUUCUCCAUAUUUGUCUCCAUGGCUAUGUUUCUUUUUAGCAAUAGAAGAGAUCAAACUCUUGCUGUAAGAGUUAACAGUGAAAGAUUCAGUUCUUUGUAGCUCCCAUGCUAGUGAGUCUGACUUGUCUUCUAGGGCCGGUGCUGUUUCCAGCAGCUAAAACAGUUGAAUCAGUUCCCCAACUUCCAAUCAUUUUGCACCUUUUCUUAAUUUUGAUGUCCCACUAUCGACCUGUUUUAACUGAGUGAUACUUUCAAUUGCAGCAGUUUCCGUUGCAUCAUCAUUUCUUUACUUUGCUGGGUAUGUAGGAAACUGCUUUUUUUUUUGUUUCCCACCUGGUGUCCAGAGCCCACAUUGGAACUUCGACUAAAUUCGGGUCGCUCACUGUAGGGCCCAUUUGGUGGUGGCGCUCCCAACAUGAUUUUCUCCAUACCCAGGACUCGAACCCGAGACCUCUGGCUAAGGGUGAAGCACUCCCACCAGUGCACCGCAACCCAUGUUGGUGGAAAGUAAAAUUGUGGUAAUUACUAAUUACACAAUUAGUAAAGGAUAUGAGAGGAAGGCUAUCCCAGAAUCCAUCAUGCAAACCCUCUUUAAAGCCUAUAUCAUGAUAUGCUAGGUGGAGCUGAUUCAAUUCCUUGCCGUCAUUUGAGUCCACAGGUGCCUGUGAUCCUGGAAGAAUGAUUCAAGUGAGACAUACUGAUGAAGGCUAAAAAAGGAAUGAGGUCCUUCAUUCACCUCCUGACGUGCUCCUCAAAUAGAAGUCAGAUAUUUUGCUACAUCAAAAAGGUAAUAUGAUGAAUUACUUCUUAUUGAUAAUGCUGACAAAUAAUGGCAAGUUGAUGAAAACCAGUUUUGGGAUACGAGAUACUGUUAUGCUGUAGAGGUUUGCUCUGGUUGAACUCCAUAAAUCAAACCUACGAUGAUGAUAUCUUGGUUAUAUAUGGUUUUCAAUAUGGAUAUUGGCAUUGCCAACCAAAAUCAUAAAGUUAGGAGUUGUCUAAUAAAUGUACUUAAUAGGUAGUAGCAAUACCAAGUUGAUGGGUCUCAAGCUAGGUUAUGAUUUUAGCUAAUAGCAGCAUUAGUAGAGUUUUAAUAAAGUCAUCCCUUCUCUGUAAACUAUCCUGGUUAAGGGCCACUUCAUGGACCAAAAUCCAGCGGAAAACCCCCCGUUCAUGUGGAGCUUUUUCCCUCCAGAUUUGUCUCCGUGCCCAUGUUCCUACUUCAGCAGCAGAACAGAUUAAACUCCUGUCAUAAGAGUUAAUAGUAAAAGAUCCAGUUUGCAGCUUCCAUACCAGUGAGUCUUCUCUUUUCUUCUAUAGCCUGUGCCUCUUUCCACAGUUUCAGUUGGUGCAAUUUCUAUUGCACCAUUGUUCCUUCUCUUUGCUGCUCGUGUUACAGGCAGCUUACUACACUUUUUGGUUGUAUUCCUACCUUCGGUGCUUUUCCGAGGUGCGCGAAAGCUGACCAGAACACCAGAGUCAUAAAAAAAGGGUUCAUAAGCAUAGGAGUACUUUAAAUAGCCAACUACAACAAAACAACAGCUUAAUUCAAAAACUUCAAAUAUCUCAACAAACUUAAACAACCACACAAAAGUUUAAAAUUCAAAUCAUCCUAAACUUAAGCAACUUAAGUAUUAGGCGACUAAGAAAAUUACUGCAGUAACUUGAAAAACAAGUUUCAAAAAAAACAAAGUUCUCACUAUGCUUGAACAGUCUGAAGCAAUGAACUAUUCAUAGAUCUGCUAUCCCAGGUUGUCCUUAUUAGGUUUUCCACAUUGUUCGCAGAUUUGGACAAUCCUUCCUCCGUGAGCUAGCUUUUUAGGCCGAGUUAGGCCCAGGUGCCAUAUCACCAGCAUCAUCAUUUUCCCCUUUACUUUCCUUCAACUCUUCCUCUUGACUUGCCUUCAACUCUUCCUCUUGACUUGCAACCAGCUUGUGCAAUCUAUCAGCCAAGCCAUCAAUGUUUGUGUGUAUAUCAUCAUCAGGGUCUUGAGAGGGAUCAUCGGAAUCAGAACAAGAAUUGUUGAAUGCAGCUUCUAUCCUUAAAUGCAUGCGACGUAGACGACUUUCAUUGUCCCUCCAGCUCUUGUGUUCAGCGUUUCUCCUUUGCAUUUCCAACUCCUCUUCUUCUGAUGAAUCAUAGUUUUGGUUAAGCAUGUCUGCCCAGUGUUGCUGAGUGAUCACACUCGAUGCAGAAGUUCCAGCUAAAUCAUAAUUGCGUUUCUUACAAGUCUUCUUCUCCAUGUGCUCUUUGAGUGCAUCUGAAAUUGUUAAAAGGACAUUGUAUGAAAUCUUUAUAUUUUGGAGUAAUCAAUCAACCAAAGGAGUUGCUAAAAUAUAUCUUAACCAUUGGUAUCAAACAAGGUGUGGAGCUAAUUGCUGGAAUCAAACUUAACACUUUGCAAAGACUUAUUGUUCAUAGAUAAAAGUAGUCCUAUUAGAAAAAUGUGCACAAAUAUCAAGUUGAAAAAGCACUUACACAAGUAUGUUCUUGAGAGAUAUUCAUUUGUACACAAAAAUUCAAAUGUCAUUUCCUUUCAUUCAAUUCGCAAGUGGUCAUAAGUGAUAUUUCCACUA